CCUCUCGCCGCUCCGCCCUAGGUGGCUGGGAAGGCGGAGCGCCGGGGCCCCGGAAGCAGCGGGAAGGAGCUGGACAGGGGCCAUGGCGGCACCUGCCCCGAUACUGGUCAUGGGCGUGAGCGGCUCAGGAAAAUCAACCGUGGGCGCCCUGCUGGCAUCCGAGCUAGGAUGGAAAUUCUAUGAUGCAGAUGACUAUCACCCAGAAGAAAAUCGAAUAAAGAUGGGGAAAGGGAUUCCGCUGAACGACCAGGACAGGAUUCCAUGGCUGUGCAACUUGCAUGAAAUUUUACUAAGAGAUGUAGCCUCAGGACAGCAUGUAGUUCUAGCCUGUUCAGCACUGAAGAAAGUGUACAGAGACAUCUUAAUCCAAGGAAAAGAUGGUGCACUUGCGAAGCGUGAUAAGCCGGGGAAGGAAGGGAAGCUGGCUGAGGUGAAGCUCCUUGUGGUCCAUCUGAGCGGGUCAUUUGAGGUCAUCUCUGAACGCUUAUCCAAAAGAAAAGGACAUUUUAUGCCCCCUGAGUUACUGCAGUCCCAGUUCGAUACUCUGGAGCCUCCAUCAGCUCCAGAAAAAUUUAUCCAAGUCAGUGUGGACAAAAGUCUUUCAGAGAUCAUUGCUAUAAUUGUGAAAGCUCUACAAUGAAAUGUAAGUCACUGCACAGCAGUGGUCCAGAAUGGAAUUAGCCAUAAAUUUCUAACCUAAUCCAGACAUUCCAGCAUCCCUUUUGGUACUGUAUCCUAAACUCUAAUUCAGGUGAACAAACCAUGAUGUGUGGAGAUAUGCGUGUUUGGCUGUAAUUUUAGGGAUUUGUGAUACUCUGCCAUCACACUCUGGCACAUGAGAGUGAACUCUCAAAGUAAGCCUUCAAUUCAAAUUGAAAUUCAUGUGACCUAAUCAAGUGGUCAGAGGAUAUUACACGAUCAAUGCUGAAAUCAUUGCCUUACUUAGAACAUCCUUGAUCAUGAUGUAUUCCAACCAAUAAAUAAAAAUUGACCAUCCUUGGCAUCCCUCAGAAAUUGGUCUCUGGAGCAGAAAUGUGUAUGAAUUUGACCACUCCCCAGCAAGCCAUUUCAUAUCACAUACUUCCUAAUCCUCUGUCCUUGGGUCAUUUCAAGAGGAGUAAGCUAAAAGCACGCAUAGUUCAUGGAUAAAAGAACUGCAAAGAUGGGACUUGAGUGAAUGAGGCAUGGGAUGUGCUGACCCAGGCUUGCUCGUCUCCAUUUUACAGAGGCCUCUGUGGUGUCAGUCCACUUGCCCGCCUCCUAUACAAGCCGUCUGUCACAGACACCACGCCUGGAAGGAACACCAGAGCUGCUAUGGCGAAGACACAAGAGGAAACCUUCCAAUGAGCAACCACGUGCCAGUGGCAGCUCAGGAGGUUGGAGGUGUGGGUGUGUUGCUGGCAUGCAGCUUGCUGGGCACUGGCUAGGGAAGCUACAAUCUGGCCAGCAUGGGCUGGGCUUGAGCCCAUCCCCCCACAGGGCUCCAGGGAGAUGCUUCCUUAUCCCACGAUCCUAACCAGGGUCAUAGGACCAGGGUCAUAGGACCUAGCAACAGUACCGGGCUACUGCUCAGCUCUGGCCAGAAAAUGAGCUUUGGAACCAAUUAACUUCUUUCACAAAGGCACACAGUUUCUGUCCCAGGAACUGCAAGCACAACAGCCGCAUAGGGUGCCAGGGAUUGGCAGGGCCCAGCUGGGUGGAUGUAUCUUGCCUAAGAAACUAUGGAGCCCUGAUUUUCUUCUCUGGCCAACGUGGGGCACCUCCUGCCUGGCUUCAGUUUACAUCAACCCUCAUAUUUAGGGUGCAGUCGACAUGCUCCAGCUGGAUGAGAGUCACCCUCAGCCAUAGAGGAAGGGCUCAGUCCAUCCACUGUCCCCAGUGAGUCCACACUGGGUACUGUAUGGGCACCCAGGAGGGUUUGAGGACCUGCAACACAAAGCCCUGGCUCUCAGGUGGCUUAACCUUGUGGUGGAAAGAUAGGGCAUCUCAUGUUCUCGGGUACAGGCUGGAGUUCUAACGGAAGACAGCUCGUCACCCACAAAAAAGAAUUGGUUUUUAAAUACCCCACUGGACAUUCAUGUAGGGUCAAAUGAAAAAACCUGUUUAUAACUGUAGGAGCACAAAAUCUAACUCUUUUAUACAUAAAUAGAAAUCUUUUUUGCAGUUUUAAUAUUCCCUGAAGUUUCCAAGAAUGUAACAAAGGGACAAUUGUAUUCCAUUUUAUUUCUAACAAGAGUUGUUUAUCAUUUCAAAACAAAUCACACUGCAUCUGUCGUGAAUCCAACACACAAACACCCAGCUGCCCUGGAAUUCUUCAUCCAGUGACCCACCGAAGGGCACCAGCACUCACCUACUGCAACACGUUUGUCUAGUGCAGCCCCUGCACACCAAAGCCCGUUCACUUAUUACACAUUACCUUCCCUUUUUUUGUUUAGAGAUAAGGCAUCAUAUGUAGUAUUUGCUUGGGUGAACUUUAUUAAGGGGGACAUUAGAAAGUAUUAAUAGUUGUUUUUUUAAAAGGCAUUGAGUCUGGUGGGGUUGAGUACUACUAUUGCUUUGUUCCCAAGCUGGGAGGGAGGCCAGGGUGUGCAGAAGUUCUGCCCUCUGGUGGCCCAGAGGGGAUACAGCAAGUGCAAACUGCUCUCCAGGUCCUGAGAACCCCUCCAAGCAGCCAAGGGUCACAUCCCUGGGUCAAAGGCAGUGGAAUGCUGCUCCCCACCCAGCCCUGACCACACCCUUACCCAGCCUCUAUGAACUGGGAAGAAGGAGAAGGUGAGAACUAUUUGAAAUGGCUCAAAACAGAUGCCAGUGAAAGAUUUCCUCGACCCUUCAAACACCACCUACAACCCCUUCUAGCAGGACUUUCCAACUUGCCCCCCCCCACCCACUGCAGAAAGUUCAGGUUAAACAGUUCCCUCUCCUAUAAAGUGGGGACACCACUUGUCCCAUAAAGACUGUGAUAACUGAGAUAAUACCUGCAGAGUGCUGGAACUAAAACUUAACACACAAACUACCCAACGAACAUGAGCUCUUGCUAUAGUUGUCAUCCCCUGGAGCCUGAGGGAGCGUGGCCAUAGGACAAAAAACCCCACUCCUGUCAUUCUGACUGCGGGGGAGCUUAUGAACCCCUUGUGAGUUUGUCUGGAGUCUUCCUCCCGAAUCACUGCCAGGGUCUCCUUCCACCCCUCCCCAGCCCUUGACCAGGUCAAGUCAGAUGUUACAGCAGCAUUAUUCACAAUACGCAGAUGAUGUAGGUGUCCAUUAGCAGGUUAAGGAAUAAAGUGCAGUGCAUUCAUACAGUGGAAUAUCAUUCAGCUGUAAAAGGAGAGGAAGUACUGACACAUGCUACGACGUGGAUGAACCAGGAAACAGGCUAAGUGACGGAACCCACACAAAAAUGCCACACAACCCCAUUUAUAUGAAGCAUCCAGGAUAUAUAAAUCCAGAGUCAGAACGCAGACUAGAGGUUGCCAGGGGCUGGGCACAGAGGUAAGGAUGAUUGCUUAAGGGUUACAGGGUCUCUUCUCUGGGUGAUGACAAAGUUCUGGUUGAUGACAGUGGUUGCACAACACUGUGAAUGUACUUUAAAAUGCUUACAGUACUGAGUUCUGUUACAUCCACAUCAGCACAGUUUUUAGCAAACGAGAACCACAGGGCCAAGCCAAGCUUACUACCUACCGCACACUGGGACAGCAGGCUACAAUACAUGCCACCUUUUGGAGAGACUUUCCCAAGUGAAAGGGGCUCCAUCAAGCGUACCCAGUUCCUUCCACAAUAUUCAACAACCAGGUCGUCCCUGUUCCUCAGG